UUACAAAGCAAACCAAUCACAGCUGUAUUGAUCUGUGUAGAUCAGGCAAAACAUCAGGCGAACAGCACAGCACUUCAGUUACUGGUCAAGAUGAGAGGCUUACUGUUCCUGCUCAACGCUCUGCUCCUGCUGGAGUCAACAAAGGGAUUGAUGAAAUAUGAUGAGUUAAAUGAUCAUGACAGAGAAAUUGUUGACAGGGCAAUAGAACAAGCCAAUAAGGAUUUUGGAAAAACCAAACACCUUGACUUUUACACCAUUGUCAAUAGAAAUAAAGAUAUGGUCAAUGUGAUCCUGAGAUCCACCUCAUGUGACAGCAAAAUGCCGAGCGUCCAUCAGAAAGAAUGUAAACUCCAAGAGAAGCCACCUCAGGUUUCCUGUAUUGACUGUCAAGGAAUCAUGGAACCAUGUUUACUUCUCAGACAUAUGGACGAGAUUAAAAAAAGGAUGGAUGAAUGUACCCUGACAGAAGAUAAUCAUUUCACUGGGGGAGGACAUUCACGGUUCUAAAAAUCAGGAAAUGGACACCAGCAACAAACUGGAUGUCUUGGAUGCAUCUGAGAUGUAAAAAGGAUCAAGGACAAUUGCAACUGGCCAUUUGAAGAAAAAAUAAUUUUCAAAAAUCCUUUACAUGUUGCAUUUAAUAUAUAUAUUAUAUAUUGAUAUUGAUAUUAAUAUUAUUAAUGAUCCCUUCUUGGGACAGAGACAAGGAAAUGCUCAUGAAUAUUUUUUUUUAUUAUUGCUGUAACAAUGUGAAUAACUGGAUGCCCCCUCCCCUUCCCUCCUUUUUUGGGUCAUUGAUUUACUUCCCAUUCCAUCAGAUGUUCUUCAAAUUCAGUUGCUUUGUCAUUUGCCCCCUCUUAUUUUUUAAAAUAUUGUCGUUAGCCCAUUAUGAUAUUGUCGUUAGCCCAUUAUGAAUGUCAGAACAAUAAAUUCUUCAAAUAUGACACUUGGGUCUGUUUUAGACUUUUCUCUUUAUGAAAUUGUAUAGAAGCUCAUUUUGAAAUACACUUAAACAGCGGUUGUUUUUGUGAUUUAUUGUCCUCUGUUUAGAAGACUAACUGGAAUUAUGGUCAAAGUGUAAUAAAGUUAAAUAAACAUUGUAUAAAUUGUAAAUACAAAUGCAGCCAUGAGUCAAGGGUAAUAUUUGCAUAUGUUGCUUUGAGGUCAAAUCAAACAUUGAAUGUUUUAUCAGGGGUGAUGUGUAAACUUGUACUUUGAAAGCAGGAAAACACGGUUAACAUUAGGAGCAUCAAAUAAACCCAAAGUUUGUGGCUUGA